UUACAAAUAAAUAAAUAAAAUUUUCGCCGCUAGGUGGUCAAUUUCAGAUCAAAACAAAAACAUCAAACAAACCAAAAACCAAACCAACACAAUAAGAAACUAGAAACCAAUACUAGAAACCAAGAGAAACGUACUGCUGCCAAGUCAAAAUGUCUCUUGGCCUAGUUGCGUAUGGAAGCAGUGGCGAAGACAGUGAUGCCGAUAGUGGAGACGAAACCAUUCCAGUCACUCCGUUGUCCAUUAAAAAGGGCCUUGCCUUGCCUGCCCCCAAAAAAGUAACAACAGCAGCGGACGAGGAUGAAAACCCUGUGGCCAAGCAGCCCAAAAGCAUGUUUUCCGCCCUCCCAGCUCCUAAGAAAGACGUUCUUGCAGGUUUGGUAGAAGAGACUGAUGACCCGAUUCCCUCAGGCAAAAACGGCACCGGUCCAAAACAGAAAGUAAAAAUUUCUGUUCCAUCCCUAACGCAGUUCAAAAAUGACGUUGAGGAGCCGAAGCCUAAAAAGCAAAAACUAACGCCAAAAGGAUCAGGUCUUUUGGCAUUUCUGCCAGAGCCGGUGAACACAACGACAGGCAAGAAAGCGAUGAUCCCUCAUAUAUUGACUAGGAAACCCCUUCCGAAACCUGCCAAGAAACCAGUUCCAAUGAAAAAAGCACCUCUACAGAAACCUGCGUUAGUCACAAAUUAUUCAGAGUCUGAAGAUGAAUCCGGAGAUGAAAGCAGCGGAUUCACUCCAUCGACUAGUAGAUCUGGCAUAGAUUUCUUCUCUCUAACGAACCAAGUCCAAACUGUUGCUGCGGAAAUUAACCUGGACGAUCUUCUUCCUCAAGCAGGACCUAGCAAGCCAGAACAAAUUCCAGAAACUACUUACGCUGAAGUCGAGGAGGUGGAAGAGACGGAGGUUGUCAGUGAUGAGCCUCAGGAAGAAAAGGAGCUUUCAGACGAAGCGAUUCGCAAACUUUGUGGCCGAAGACAAGAGGACCUCACUAACAUGAUUGAUAUCCAAGGUGAAGCUGUUUAUGCCGAUUCGAAGGAGUGGAUGUUGAGGAAUUUGACAGAAGAGCCCGAGAAAGACUACUCACACAGAGACAAAACGCCAAACUCCACACAAAAGAGAAAGCACCAAAUCACAUAUCUUGCUUUCCAGGCGAAGGAAAGAGAAACGGAGCUCAAAAACCAAUGGGCUGCCAACAGACAGUCAAAGAAGCAGACUCAAGCAAAAUAUGGGUUUUAGAUUAAUUUACUGUUAGUUUUGUAUUACUAAAAAACAAUAAAAUGGAAUUCUAAUGUUUUUAUCUACCUG